AUGAAUGUGGAUAAACACUCCUAUGAGUUUGAAAAGCGGCAACUUGAAAAAGAAAUGUCAUUUGGAGCCAAACCGGACACGUUCGAUGAAUUCAAGCAUAUGGAAAUGAAUGAUUCCAUAAAUGUGUGUGCUCUGAAAUUAGCCACACACAUAGCUUGCCAUAUGAGCAUUUUUACUGUUGAUCACCUGGGAUGUAUUAUUGGUGGAAUGGCCAAGAAAGACAUAAGCCUUCAUAGGGACAAAGUGCUCUACAAUUAUAAGAGAUAUCAUAGAUCCUACAGUCCACAAAGAGCUGCUUCGGGAUAUCGGCAACGGACACUACUCCUUGAUCAUUGACGAAAGUUCUGACGCAUCUUCGCAGAAGCAACUUUGCUUGAUGGUGCGAUACUUCAGCGACAAGCUGAAAUGCGUAGUAUCCUCCUUUGUAGGGUUAAUUACUUUCAGUGACACUGAUCUAAUCACAGAGGCCCUCUUAUCAUUCCUAAAUGAAAAUAAGCUCAACAUACAGAAGUGUGUUGGGAUCGGUGCCGAUGGGCUCAGCGCAAGUAUAUGUGGUCAUAAAAAUUCGCUGCUCAAAAAGUUUUAUGAACUCAAUCCUUGCGGUGUUUUUAUUAAGUGCACAUGCCACUUCAUUUACCUGUGCUUAUCGAGAGCUAUCGAUGUGCUUCCCCUGAACCUAGAAUAUAUGGUUGCGCAGACCUACUUGUGGUUUUCUCAAAGCACGUUUCACCAGAAACGGUACGCUGAACUGUAUGCUGCAAUCAACGUUGGAGAGGUUGCCUUGAAGGUGCUGCAAGUUACCGACACACGAUGGCUGUCUAUGAGCCCCUGCAUUAAUAGAAUACUUAGCCUGUAUGAUACUCUGAAGUUGCAUUUUCAGUCUGUAAAAGACACUGAAAAGGACUACAGUGCUGAGCUGCUCUACCAAAUGUACUCUGAGCCUCUUAACAGACUUUACCUGGUUUUUCUGCAGCCUCUUGUCCAGGAAGCAAACAGGCUCAGUAAGUUACCGUAUUUUUCGCUCUAUAACACGCACCCGACCAUAACACACACAUAGUUUUUAGAGGAGGAAAAUCCGUAGGCAUGCCACCCGUAGGCAUUCCCUCCAUAACACGCACAGACAUUUCCCCUUACUUUCUAGGAGGAAAAAAGUGAGUGUUAUGGUGCAAAAAAUACGGUAUUUCUUUUGGAAACUGCUAAUCCAGUUAAACUGAUUACUGAGUUAGUGAUGUUCUACAAGACUCUGUUACAGAGAGUCGUGAAGCCUUUUGCCUUUCCAACAUGGUCAUCCAUAAUGAACUAUGACAUUAGAAGCAAGCGAAACUACAGUACCUGUCCCUCUCCGAAGUUAAUCUUGGGCAACUGUUCCUUUCGGAAUUAUCAGAAGCCAAAAUCUCUUGCCAAAUUAGGGACGCCAUUCAAACGACGUGUGGGGAUUGUGUUUUUGAGCUUGCAAACCAAAUAAAGCUUCGCCUGCCCCCAAAUGUGGAUCAUCUUGAAUCGCUCACCGCUCUAAAUCCUUCAGUUGUUCUGAGUCCCCUAAGACCAGCAUUUUCAGCUUGGUCGUUUUUGUCAUUAUACAGAGGGGAUCACUUGCAAUUGGAGCAACAGUGGAGGAAUCUGGAUACAGUUUCUUGGACGAACACGGAAGAUAGCCAGAUAGAACAGUUCUGGGUAGAGGUUGUAAAACAUGCAGAUGAGGUGGGAGAUAAAGAUUUUGUCGAGCUAGGAUUAUUUGCCCUUGCACUUCUCACUCUGCCCUUCAGCAGUGCAGCCGUGGAGUGUACAGUUUCACAAAUGAAUCUGAUAAAGCACAAGCUGAAGAACAGGCCGCAGGACAGCCUGUUAGAAAAUAUUCUAAGGAUCAGAGCUUACAUGCACAGAAAUAAGAUUUGCUGCAACCAGUUUCAGCCAUCCAAAGAGAUGAUUUCUUUGUUCAGUAGUGAAUUUUAUGCUGUUGCUAAUAGCAAGGAUGCUAUAGAAGGCUACGAUGAUAUUUUUUGA